UUUAUUAAAUGUUUACUUAAUGGUUUCCUUUAAGUAAAACUUAUAAUAAACAAACCAAAAUUGAGGAAUGUGAAGGCCACAAAAACUGGCCUGAGGAACUGUUGCAGAUGGAAGAGGGUCUAAAGAGGCAUCACAACAAAUGUGUGAUCCUAGGCUGGUUUCUGGACCUACAGAAGGCAUUAUUGGGACAGUUCACAAAAUUUGAAUGGGAUCUUGUGAUUACAUGGUAAUUUUCCUAAUUUUAAGGGUGUGCUAUGAUUAUAUAGAAGAAUUUUCCUGUUUUUAGGAAAUAUGUACCAAAGUAUGAUGGAUUAAAGGCCAUUAUAUCUCUAACUUACUCCCAAGUGGCUCAGAAAAAAUUUAUGUAUGUAUGAGGCAGAGACAGAGACAAAGAGAGAAAAUAGGCAAAAUGUGUUAAAAUAUUACAAUUGAAGAAUCUGGGUGAAGGGUGUACAGGAACCCUCUAGACUCUAUUUUCAACUUUCCUAUAAGUUUUAAACUACUUUAAAACAAGAAGUUUAAAAGCAGUGGUGCUGGGCAAGUCUCUAUAUCUGGUAUCUUUUAAAUGUUUGGUUUAAGGCUUAUAAGCUACGGCAUGUGAAUAGGAUGAAAAAAUUGAGUUAAUUAUGAACCCCAGUACAAGAAAAUACCUUUAUCUCUGAUGCUGCAGACUGCUUCAUAAUCUUCAUCAGAUCAACUCUUUCUCACCUGAGAAUGCUGGACCAAGCCAAAUCCUCUACCUCAGGAUACCACCCUCUGAGCACCAGGCCAUAGCUCCUGACCCGACCCACCUGCACUGUGGUAUCACUACAUGCUGCUGCACUAGAGAGAUGUUGUCUGACCACAGGAGCUGACCGGGGAGUCUUCAGAAGGGAAAACAUAUGGCUUCGGGAUCACAGCUCAGUUUUUAAGAUGAACGCAAGCUGGACAACCUUCUGAUGGGCUUGAAACUUUGAAUUGGAUGUGGACAUUUUUCUCUCAGAUGACAGAAUCACUCCAACUUCCCCUUUGCAGUUGCUUCCUUUCCUUGAAGGUAGCUGUAACUUGUUUUCUUUAAAAAUCUCUUCCUUCCACAUUUGCCUGCCAUGCCAACAGUCAUUAGCCCGUCUGUGGCCCCACAGACAGGGGCUGAGCCCAAGUCCCCAGGGCCGGUUCCCCUCCCGGCCCAGGGCAAGACCACUGAGGCCGGGGGCGCUAACCCAAGUGGCAUCUAUUCAGCCAUCAUCAGCCGCAAUUUUCCUAUCAUCGGAGUGAAAGAGAAGACAUUUGAGCAGCUUCAUAAGAAAUGUCUAGAGAAGAAGGUUCUUUAUGUGGAUCCUGAGUUCCCACCGGAUGAGAACAGCCUCUUUCUGAGCCAGAAAACCAAGAUGAAGGCCAUCACGUGGAAAAGACCAAAGGAAAUUUGCGAGAAUCCCCGAUUUAUCAUUGGUGGAGCCAACAGAACUGACAUCUGUCAAGGAGAAUUAGGGGACUGCUGGUUUCUCGCAGCCAUUGCUUGCCUGACCCUCCACGAGCACCUGCUUUUCCGAGUCAUACCCCAUGAUCAGAGUUUCAUCGAAAACUAUGCAGGGAUCUUCCACUUCCAGUUCUGGCGCUAUGGAGACUGGGUGGACGUGGUUAUCGAUGACUGCCUGCCAACUUACAACGAUCAGCUGGUCUUCACCAAGUCCAACCACCGCAAUGAGUUUUGGAGCGCUCUGCUGGAGAAGGCUUAUGCGAAGCUCCAUGGUUCCUAUGAAGCUCUGAAAGGUGGGAACACGACAGAGGCCAUGGAGGACUUCACAGGAGGGGUCACAGAGUUUUUUGAGAUUAAGGAUGCUCCCAGAGACAUGUACAAGAUCAUGAAGAAAGCCAUCGAGAGAGGCUCCCUCAUGGGCUGCUCCAUUGAUGAUGGCACAAACAUGACCUAUGGAACCUCUCCUUCUGGGCUGAAAAUGGGGGAUUUGAUUGCACGGAUGGUGAGGAAUAUGGAUAACUCGCUGCUCCGCCCCACAGGCUCAGAUGACAGACCGACCCGGACCAUUGUUCCGGUUCAGUAUGAGACGAGGAUGGCUUGCGGGCUGGUCCGAGGACAUGCCUACUCCGUCACUGGGCUGGAGGAGGUCAUGUUCAAGGAUGAGAAGGUGAAGCUGGUGCGGCUGCGGAACCCCUGGGGCCAGGUGGAGUGGACCGGCUCCUGGAGUGAUGGUUGGAAGGACUGGAGCUUUGUGGACAAAGAUGAGAAGGCCCGUCUGCAGCAAGAGGUCGCUGAGGAAGGCGAGUUCUGGAUGUCCUAUGACGAUUUCGUCUACCAUUUCACAAAGCUGGAGAUCUGCAACCUCACCGCUGAUGCCCUGGAGUCCGACAAGCUUCAGACCUGGACGGUGUCCGUGAAUGAGGGCCGCUGGGUGAGGGGCUGCUCUGCUGGCGGCUGCCGCAACUUCCCAGACACUUUCUGGACCAACCCGCAGUACCGCCUGAAGCUCCUGGAGGAGGACGAUGACCCCGAGGACUCAGAGGUGAUCUGCAGCUUCCUGGUGGCCCUGAUGCAGAAGAACCGGCGGAAGGACCGGAAGCUGGGGGCCAACCUCUUCACCAUCGGCUUCGCCAUUUACGAGGUUCCCAAAGAGAUGCAUGGGAACAAGCAGCACCUACAGAAGGACUUCUUCCUGUACAACGCCUCCAAGGCCAGGAGUAAGACCUACAUCAACAUGCGGGAGGUGUCCGAGCGCUUCCGCCUGCCUCCCAGCGAGUACGUCAUCGUGCCCUCCACCUACGAGCCCCACCAGGAGGGAGAAUUCAUCCUCCGGGUCUUCUCUGAGAAGAGGAACCUCUCUGAGGAUGUUGAAAAUACAAUCUCCGUGGACCGGCCAGUGAAAAAGAAAAAACCCAAGCCUAUCAUCUUCGUUUCGGACAGAGCAAACAGCAACAAGGAACUGAGUGUGGACCAGGAAGCAGAGGAGGGCAAAGACAAAAUAGGCCCUGAUAAGCCAGAGAAACCCCCACAGCCACGGCCUGGCAACACCGACCAGGAAACUGAAGAGCAGCAGCACUUCCAGAACAUUUUCAGGCAAAUAGCGGGCGAUGACAUGGAGGUCUGUGCAGAUGAGCUCAAGAAUAUCCUGAACUCAGUUGUGAACAAACAUAAGGACCUGAAGACACAAGGGUUCACGCUGGAGUCCUGCCGUAGCAUGAUUGCUCUCAUGGAUACAGAUGGCUCUGGGAGGCUGAACUUGCAAGAGUUCCAUCACCUCUGGAAGAAGAUCAAAGCCUGGCAGAAAAUUUUCAAGCGCUAUGACACAGACCACUCCGGCACCAUCAACAGCUACGAGAUGCGAAAUGCAGUCAACGAUGCAGGAUUCCACCUCAACAGCCAGCUCUACGACAUCAUUACCAUGAGGUAUGCAGACAAAUACAUGAACAUCGACUUUGACAGCUUCAUCUGCUGCUUCGUCAGGCUGGAGGGCAUGUUCAGAGCUUUUAAUGCAUUUGACAAGGACGGAGACGGCAUCAUCAAACUCAGCGUUCUAGAGUGGCUGCAGCUCACCAUGUAUUCCUGAACCAAGCUGGCCUCAGCCAAGGCCGUGCGGGAUCACUCAGGAUGUUUCACCCAAUACAGCUAGAACCACUUACCUCAGAGGUCGCUGUAGCUGCCUCCAGGCGCCCCAGCAGGCCUCCAGGCGCCUUAUCGGUCUUGUUCCUCCUCUACUUCACUACCACUCAGCCUCAGGGCAUCUGUCCAUCUGUCACGCCCAAACUAACCCUUUAGUUAAGGAACUUUGUCCUUUAACUGGUGGCAAGUGCCUGUCUGCCUCAGCUAGUUGUAGCUCAGCGGAGAUUUGCUUGGAACGUGAGCAGCCUCAGCUCUGAAGCAAAUGCUCUCCUUAGCGGCAGUGCCCUGGGCUGUUCACAGAAGCCUUAGCCAAUGGCAAUCAGUACCUCCGGUGCUGGAUCCCUCUACCACUCACUGGACAAUCACCAAACAAGCACUGGUUCUGUCUGAUUAUUUCAGGAUGGGUCUGCUCUGGAGGAAACUAGCUCAGUGACAGAGAGCUGGAUACUGUGGGUUGUGACUCAUAAGUUUGGCUGCAUUCUGAAAAAAAGUAGAUCUAAAUAAAGGCAGGUUCUAUUGUG